UGCCGGUACCCGGACCCCGAAAUAGCAGAGAACUGACUACAGGUGCAGCGAUAGGAGGCGACGGCUUCUGGAUCCACUCUGCAGGUGACCGAAGGCAGCGAUUCCCCGGAGCCGCGGCCCCCUGGGGGGGAUGGGUGCAGCCGCCCCCGAUGGACGAGAAGACCAAGAAAGCCGAGGAGAUGGCGCUGAGCCUGGCCAGGGCAGUGGCCGGCGGCGAUGAGCAGGUGGCUGUGAAGUGUGCCACCUGGCUGGCCGAGCAGCGGCUACCCCUGCGCGUGCAGCUGAAGCCUGAGGCCUCCCCCACAAAGGACAUCAGGCUGUGGGUGAGCGUGGAGGAUGCGCAGAUGCACACGGUCACCAUCUGGCUCACGGUGCGCCCCGACAUGACGGUGGCUUCCCUCAAGGACAUGGUGUUCCUGGACUAUGGCUUCCCACCCGUCCUGCAGCAGUGGGUGAUCGGGCAGCGGCUGGCCCGAGACCAGGAGACCCUGCACUCGCAUGGGGUGCGGCGGAACGGGGACUGCGCCUACCUGUACCUGCUGUCGGCCCGCAACACCUCGCUCAACCCUCAGGAGCUGCACCGCCAGCGGCAGCUGCGGAUGCUGGAAGAUCUGGGCUUCAAGGACCUCACGCUGCAGUCAAGGGGCCCCCUGGAGCCGGCCUCCCCGAAGCCUGCAGCCCCCCAGGAGCCAGAUGCGGUCCCCGAGCCCCCACCGGUGGGCUGGCAGUGCCCAGGGUGUACCUUCAUCAACAAGCCCACGCGGCCUGGCUGUGAGAUGUGCUGCCGUGCGCGGCCUGAGGCCUACCAGGUCCCUGCCUCGUACCAGCCGGAUGAGGAGGAGCGAGCGCGCCUGGCGGGCGAGGAGGAGGGGCUGCGCCAGUACCAGCAGCGGAAGCAGCAGCAGCAGGAGGGGAACUACCUGCAGCACGUCCAGCUGGAGCAGAGGAGCCUGGUGCUGAGCGCUGAGCCCGCCGAGUGCCCCGUGUGCUACUCGGUGCUGGGGCCCGGCGAGGCCGUGGUGCUGCGGGAGUGUCUGCACGCCUUCUGCAGGGAGUGCCUGCAGGGCACCAUCCGCAACAGCCAGGAGGCCGAGGUCUCCUGCCCCUUCAUUGACAGCACCUACUCGUGCCCGGGCAAGCUGCUGGAGAGGGAGAUCCGGGCGCUCCUGUCCCCCGAGGACUACCAGCGCUUUCUGGACUUGAGCGUCUCCAUCGCCGAGAACCGCAGUGCCUUCAGCUACCACUGCAAGACCCCAGACUGCAAGGGCUGGUGCUUCUUCGAGGACGACGUCAACGAGUUCACCUGCCCCGUGUGUUUCCACGUCAACUGCCUGCUCUGCAAGGCCAUCCACGAGCACAUGAACUGCAGGGAGUACCAGGACGACCUGGCCCUGCGGGCGCAGAAUGACGUGGCUGCCCGGCAGACGACAGAGAUGCUGAGGCUGAUGCUGCAGCAGGGGGAGGCCAUGCACUGCCCGCAGUGCCAGAUCGUGGUGCAGAAGAAGGACGGCUGCGACUGGAUCCGCUGCACCGUCUGCCACACCGAGAUCUGCUGGGUCACCAAGGGCCCGCGCUGGGGCCCCGGGGGCCCAGGGGACACCAGCGGAGGCUGCCGCUGCCGGAUGAACGGAGUUCCUUGCCACCCAAGCUGUCAGAACUGCCACUGAGCCUCAGGGCCGAAUCUCCUCGCCCGCCCGGCCCCGGCUUUCAAGGCUGGGGUGGGUCGGGGGAGGCUCGGAUUUCUUGCCUGGGAGGUGCCCUGCAGAGGCCAAGGCUCGUGAGCUGUGUGGGCAGCCUUGUCUGGCUGCCAUCUGUGGCCAUGUGCCCUGUGCCUUUGCCCUCCCCUGGGACUUGCCAAUCACGGCCCUCAGCUGUCUGCAGCUCCCUGGCCGGAGGCCUUGCUGGGGGAGCCUCCUGUGACUCCAUACUGCUCCCCAAGCCCCGUCCCUCUGUCGGCUCUCUGGAGAUGGCUUGCUCUGAUUUCGCUGUGGGAGGCCUAGGGCCUCUGAGAACUGCUGCUAACCUGUGCUGGGCCAGGAGGGCGGCGGGGUGGGCCUGAAGCUUAGCCUGGGUCUCCCUCCUGCCCCCACAAGCUGAUUAAAGUGGUUUUCCAGGA